AUGAAGGGACUGAAACGGGAUCACUUGCUCGGGGCUAAGAGGCUGUCUUCAACAUGGAGUGUGCGGAACCUGACUGGACAAUCGACCAUGUUUUGGAUUGACCUCCUAUGUCUCGAUUGCGCCGCGUGGUAUGUCGAUGUUCUGCUCGACAUCAAGCAGCUGAUGUUAUUCGUGAAAACGGGAAUGGUGGAUUACAUGGCUUUCAACCUCACAGGCAUGAUGUUGCCUGUCAUUCUGAGUCUGCAAGACAUUUGGGCAUUCCAUGCCCAUGAGUCUCCCGAUUUGGAUGCUUUGCAAGCUGUUGGCCUUGCUGUAGGCGUUCCUUUGCGGUGGUUGCAGGCUUCCACCAUGUGCGCAGUCCUUCUACAACUGCAGAUGCUGUGGCUAACGAUUUGGUCUGCCAAGCACCGCUUGAAACACCCAUUGCUUGGAGCUACCAAAUUUGCUGAGGUCGCAGAAUCAGCCACUUCUGCUUUGGUGCAAUGCAACUUUCUGAUCUGCACCAUGGUCGGAGUUAAGGACUUUGCAGCUUUGCAACUCGAUGCAAAAGACCUCACAUGGUUGUGCGCUUCCAUCACUAUGUCUUGCUGUAUGCUUGGACUUGGCUUCGCGUCGCGCGACACAAGCACAUCACGGGUGCUCGGGGUACCUGGCAAACUGAAAAAGGAUCAGGAGCCUCUUCUGGUACUUGCGAUCGUGAUGCUGAGGUCAGCCGAAGUCAUCUGCCAGGUGUUUGCUAUCAAUUUCUUUCAUGUUUCGGCGAGAUGGCAGGGAUUUGCACUAGGAGGCCCCAUUCUGACCAUGGGGCUGGCCAUGAUGGCCAAAUGCCUUCUUCGGAAGGCGAGCGUGGCAGAUGUCCUGGCCGCGGUGAUUGCCCACCCAGGUCAGCUGCUGGAGCCGACAUCGUUGUUUCCACUCCAAAGUACCAUGAAGAUCAAGAUGUUGUCUGUGACAGCUGUCGUCGCAUCUCAAGCCUUUGCACGGUACGCUUCAGCCAGCGAGCAUGCCAAGGCCAUCCCCGACUGGCUCCUUGCAGCCUGGCUGGGAUUGUCCGCAGUGAGCUGGAUGGGUCUGGGGCUGGUUGCACGAUUGGGCGAGGAGGUGAAACAUACGAGUUUCCACCGCUUGGCAUCUUUGGAAGGUCGCGUCACGUAUUCUGCAGUCAAGACUGCUCUUGCUUGCACAGACGAGGUACCUUUGGCGGUUCUGAUGGCUCUCACGCAUGAUUGCAUUUUGAGCUUGGAUGGCGGCGCUGAGCAUUUGGUAAGCAGCGACGCUUGGGCCGCGUCCAAGCUGAAACUUGGAUCCACCUUCUUCAGCAAGAUUGGGAACCAUGGCACACGACAGGUCCUGAUCUCCCUGUCAAAUCAAAACCCAGAGGACCUAGAUUUGUCUUUUUGCCAUGAGAUCCCCACUGAUGCUUGGGAAGUGCUUGAGACUGCAAACUGGUCCAACUUGAAGAAGGCUUCUUUUGAACAGUGCUUCUAUGACAACACGAAGGGUGCUGAGGGAGCGAAGCAUCUUUUGAAGGCGUUGGCCCAGAGCGCCGCUCUGGAGGACCUUAAUCUGUCUUCGUGCCAUGAAAUCCCCAGUGAUGCUUGGGAAGUGCUUCAGACUGCAAACUGGUCCAACUUGAAGAAGGCAUUUUUUCAGCAGUGCUUCAAUGUCAACACGAAGGGUGCUGAGGGAGCGAAGCAUCUUCUGAAGACUUUGGCCCAGAGCACCAGUCUGGAGGACCUAGAUCUGUCUUAUUGCGACCAGAUCCCCAGUAAUGCUUGGGAAGAGCUUCCGAGUGCAAUCUGGUCCAACUUGAAGAAGGCUUCUUUUGAAAUGUCCUUCAAUGCCAACAAGAAGGGUGCUGAGGGAGCGAAGCACCUUUUGAAGGCGCUGGCCCAGAGCGCUGCUCUGGAGGACCUGAAUCUGUCUUAUUGCGACCAGAUCACGAGUAAUGCUUGGGAGGUGCUUCAGACUGCAAACUGGUCGAGCUUGAAGAAGGCAUUUUUUCAAGAGUGCUUCAAUGUCAAGACGAAGGGUGCUGAGGGAGCGAAGCAUCUUUUGAAGGCCUUGGCCCAGAGCGCCACUCUGGAGGAUCUAGAUCUGUCUCGUUGCGGUCAAAUCCGCCGUGAUUCUUGGCAAGUGCUUCAGACUUCAAACUGGUGGAACUUGAAGAAGGCUGAUUUCGCAUGGUGCUUCUAUGGCAACACGAAGGGUGCUGAGGGUGCGAAGCAUCUUUUGAAGGCUUUGGCCCAGUGCGCUGCCCUGGAGGACCUGAAUCUGUCUGGUUGCAAUCAGAUCCCGAGUGAUGCUUGGGAAGUGCUUCGAACUGCAAACUGGUCCAACUUGCAGAAGGCAUUUUUUCAGGAGUGCUUCAAUGUCAACACGGAGGGUGCUGAGGGAGCGAAGCAUCUUCUGAAGGCUUUGGCCCAGUGCGCUGCCCUGGAGGACCUAGAUUUGUCUUAUUGUGACCAGAUUCCCGGUGAUGCUUGGGAAGCGCUUCAGACUGCAAACUGGUCGAACUUGAAGAAGGCAUUUUUUGACAUGUGCUUCUAUGAAAGAACAAAGGGUGCUGAGGGAGCGAAGCAUCUUUUGAAGGCGUUGGCCCAGAGUGCUGCUCUAGAGGACCUGGGUUUGUCUUAUUGCGACCAGAUCCCCAGUGUUGCUUGGGAAGUGCUUCAGACUACAAACUGGUCCAAAUUGAAGAAGGCUUCUUUUGAACAGUGCUUCGAUGACAACACGAAGGGUGCCGAGGGUGCAAAGCAUCUUUUGAAGGCUUUGGCCCAGAGUGCCGCUCUGGAGGAGCUUGAUUUGACCGAUUGCUCCCAGAUCCCCAGCGAUGCUUGGGGAGUGCUUCAGACUCACCCUGGUCUUUGGCCCUGCCUCCGGAAGUCCUUUGGCAUCCCCGAACAGGUCACCUUUGGUCCGAGCUUUGCCCGAGGACUGACGGACUUUCAAAUCCUUCCCAGAAUCUUCCGCUCCGUUCGAAUUCCUCGCGCUUUCAGUGGCCAUGACCGUACUGUGCCCUUCGAAGCCUCUUCCUUGCUUGCAGCUUUGGCCCAGAGCGCCGCUCUGGAGGACCUAAAUUUGUCUGAUUGCAACCAGAUCCCCAGUGAUGCUUGGGAAGCGCUUCAGACUGCAAACUGGUCCAACUUGAAGAAAGCUUCUUUUGAACAGUGCUUCGAUGACAACACGAAGGGUGCUGAAGGUGCAAAGCAUCUUUUGAAGGCUUUGGCCCAGAGCGCCGCUCUGGAGGACCUAGAGUUGUCUUUUUGUGAUCAGAUCCCCACUGAUGCUUGGGAAAUCCUUCAGACUGCAAACUGGUCCAACUUGAGAAAGGUUUCUUUUGAAAUGUGCUUCUAUGAAAGAACAAAGGGUGCUGAGGGGGCGAAGCAUCUUAUAAAAGCUUUGGCCCAGAGUGCCGUUUUGGAGGACCUUAAUCUGUCUCGUUGCUCCGAGAUCCCCAGUGAUGCUUGGGAAGCGCUUCAGACUGCAAACUGGUCCAACUUGAAGAAGGCUUCUUUUGAACAGUGCUUCGAUGACAACACGAAGGGUGCUGAAGGUGCAAAGCAUCUUUUGAAGGCUUUGGCCCAGAGCGCCGCUCUGGAGGACCUAGAGUUGUCUUUUUGUGAUCAGAUCCCCACUGAUGCUUGGGAAAUCCUUCAGACUGCAAACUGGUCCAACUUGAGAAAGGCUUCUUUUGAACAGUGCUUCGAUGACAACACGAAGGGUGCCGAGGGUGCAAAGCAUCUUUUGAAGGCUUUGGCCCAGAGCGCUGCUCUGGAGGAGCUUGAUUUGACCGAUUGCUCCCAGAUCCCCAGCGAUGCUUGGGGAGCGCUUCAGACUCGCCCGGAAGUCCUUUGGCCCUGCCUCCGGAAGUCCUUUGGCGUCCCCGAACAGGUCGCCUUAGAACGAGGCAUUGAAUGA